AUGAAACGAAGGGAGACCCAUUCACUCAUCGGCGACAAACUUUGUGUUCCGAGGAAUUCGGUUUGUGGUGUCGGUACGAUCACCAGUUUGGCCUCAAUGCGAUCCGGUGAAACAUCAAGAAGAAAUACUACAAGGCUCUUCGAAAACCCUAAUCUCUUCGCCAGGGCUCUGUCCGAGAAGCUCACUGGUCCAUGGAUCGAACAUGCGUUUGAAAAACGGGAAUGCAUCAAGUUUGUCGCUCAGCCAGGCACCCCUGAUAGAUGCGGUUGCGGUCGGUUGAUGGCCGCUCAUUCACAACUGGCUCUGUCGCGCUUCUCAGUGUUCUCGCAAGGUGCACGAGUUGAAGAUGGUCAACCAUGGUCAAUCGCCACCCACACUCAGACGUCACCUACCGAUGCUUUCGGUACCAUUGUUUUUCAGGCUCGUAAUUAU